AUGUUGUCCGUCGUACAGAGGAGCUGUUGCACGCGAAGUACCGUGGCGCACUCAUCACGGUGGCUCCCCUCCACCAAGCGCCGACCAGCUUACACAUCCUUGCUUGACCUUGACUACUCGUACCCUGUGCAUAAAACAACCGACGUCAGCUUCCGUAUCAAGAGCGCCUUUUCCUCAUCAUCAUCGGGCAGGGUGGCGACCACAUCACGAUCAUCCCCAGCCAACGCAGCCCAACGUCUCGUCCCAACAAGCCCUUUCUCUCAGACUAAAUUCCCACCGCCCUCUUUUCCACCCUCCUUUGGCUCAAAUCAGCUCGUUCCAGUCUCGGACGAGACCCAUCACCGUCUCCAUAGCAUCCUUGCAUGCUUUGAUGCGCCCGUUCGAUUCGCGUUUGCAUAUGGCUCGGGCGUCUUUUCCCAGACCGUGGCCGGCCCGGAGCAUUCCAAAAGGCCGCAAACUAGAGACGGCAAAAAGAUGAUCGACUUUGUCAUGGCCGUUACACAUCCACAUCACUGGCACUCGCUCAAUAUGACGCAACAUCCGAGCCACUAUUCCAUGCCCAGUCGGCUGCUAGGGAGUAUUGGCAUCGGACUGGUGCAGCAAAGGGGGGCAAAGAUAUGGUACAAUCCCUACAUCAAGCUGGAGGAUGAGCUCAUCAAGUACGGUGUCAUCAGUGUCGACGACCUUUGCGCCGAUCUGCUUGACUGGGAAACGCUCUACGUGAGUGGACGCAUGCAUAAGCCGGUUGCCUUGAUCACAUCAGAUGCCAGGGUGCGGUUGGCACAGCAAGUCAACCUCGCCUCAGCGCUGCGCACUGCACUUCUAUUGCUGCCAAACGAGUUCACCGAGGUGGAACUCUACACACGCAUCGCCUCGCUCAGCUACACGGGUGACUUCAGAAUGUCGGUGCCCGGAGGCGAGAAUUUGAACAAGGUGCGCAACAUUGUGCUCAACCAGCGCGACGAAUUCCGACGCCUCUAUGCUGGCCUGAUGCGCAACUUGGGUACGCUUUCGAUCGAACAAGUCAGGGAAAACCGCUUCAAGAUUGUGCAGGACAACUCGGUCUCUACGCGUGCCUCAUACGCUGCUCGGUUGCCCAAAUGUCUCCGCCAAAGGGUGCAAGACCACUACACUUUGCAGCCGCAUUUGGAUCCAGCAUUUCUGAAGCUUUCGCUCUCCAAGACGCUCAACACGGUGCCACGAACACCUUCGCAUAUCGAAAGGGAAAAGACGCUCAACGACUUCUGGCGCGCAGCAGUGCAGAGAGACGAUUUCGGCGAGGUGCUGCUAAAAAACAUUGCGCAAACGGUCAAAGGUCCUUCAUGGUCACAGUCGAUCAAGGGCAUCUAUACUGCCGGCUUCACGAGAACAAUCCGAUAUGUCGGUGCAAAAAUUGGCAAGUACUUUGAAGGCAAAAGCCAGAGCGACAAGGCUUCGUAA